UACCUUAAUACGUCCACGCGCCUGAAGCCCACAAAACUGAAUUCAUAUCAGUUAAUCUCGAUAGGUGACACAGGACUCUAAAAUUGUACACAGUGUGUCAGGGACUCGGUAGCCUACUUCAACAAAUUCCAGGGAAUUAUUUUCGAACAAACAAGAUGUGUACCGAAAGUAAUUUCCUAAUACUGCGUCAAGACGAAGCUACGAUCUCAGUGGAUUACAGACCUGCCGUUUGAGACCAAGCAGUUUACCGCCAAACAUGACUCCUGCACGAGUUUAUACGCAUUUAUUCGCCGGUUGAAUGGGAUUUUUCAGAUUUUGGUGUAAAUUGGAAACACAGUAGGUUACUUGUUAGACAACCUGGCUGAGAAUGAAUGGAAUGACACUUGAGAUGGAGAAAAGAAGGCAUAGAAAACUACGAUUUCCCCAAAAUCGGAAGAGUGCCAUCCUGCCUGGUGAGGAGGACAGUUAUGAUGUAGGUAUGGGGAAGAGGCUCAGCACAAUGUGGUCCUCCUUCAGAGGGAAACUUCACAUUAAGAACCGAACUACAAAGGAGUUGGAUCUACCAGCUGACACAGAACUUCCACCAGUGGAAGAAAAUAGGGAGCAGCGUUAUUGUGGACAGUUUUUCUUUGAGUACUUAGUAGUUGUUAGCCUCAAAAAGACCAAAGAUGGGAUUUACGAACCUCAAAUAACUUAUCAGUUCCCUAAGAGGGAUGGUAUGAUCAGAUUCCAAAAAGAGGAGGAGGAGAAGACCUUCAAGGCCAUAACACUCUUCUGCUUCCCGGAAGGCAUUAAGUGGGCUCCACUUACUGAGUACAGCAGUGAAACAUUCUCCUUUGUGUUGACUGAAAUUGACGGAAGCCGUAGGAAUGGAUACUGCCGAAGGCUACUGCCUAAAGGCAAUGGAGCACGUCCACCUGAGGCUUACUGCAUUAUCAGCAAGCUUGCAUGUUUUGGACUCUUCUCCAAGAUCUUUGAUGAGGUAGAGAAGAGGAGGCAGAUUUCCAUGGCAAUGAUCUACCCUUUCAUGCAGAGCCUGAGGGAGGCGCCGUUUCCUGCCCCUGGCAACACAGUGAAAAUCAAGAGCUUUAUCCCUGACGCAGGCACUGAGAUCAUCAGUCUGACACGGCCUGUGGACUCCUGGUUGGAGCAUGUGGAUUUUCGCACGCUUUUCCACUGCCUCACCGAUGAGGAAGUGGUGCAGGUGUUUGCUGCCGCUGUCCUGGAGCGAAGGAUCAUAUUCAUUGCAGAGGAGCUUGGAACCCUAUCUCAGGUCAUCCAUGCUGUGACUGUGCUCCUUCAUCCUUUCAUCUGGCAGCACACUCUCAUCUCCAUAGUGCCCGAGAUCCUGAUUGACGUCGUCAUGGCGCCCACACCCUACCUGCUGGGCGUGCAAAAACGCCUUGAGGACCAAGUCAUUGACCAGGGCGAUCUCCUUGCGGUUGACUUGUCAGAGGGCAAAAAGCAAACCUUCAUCAGAACAGUAGGAGAUGAAGACACAAUAUUGCCCCCGAAACUCAAAGCAGAAAUACUGCAGGCCUUGGGGGCCAGGCAUGAAAAAGCUACCAUGGAGGAGCUGAACCAGGUGGUCCCCGAGGCCUUUCUGCCAUUCUUCGUGAAAACGGUCGGCCACUUCGCACAGCACAUCCAACGCAAAAAGCCCGGAGAGCCCGGAAGGUUUCAGCAGCAGAACUUCUGCAAGGCGCUGGAGUCCAAGACCACGCGACACUUCGUGAAGAAGUUUGUCCAAACUCAGAUGUUUGACCUUUUCAUUCAGGAGAUGGAACAGCGGCCAGCUUCUCAGGAAGGGUUCUUUGAGAAAAAGAUUAAGGAAUAUCAGGCAAAGGUGAAACAGAAGACGAAGAAACACUAAAAAAGAAUAUGGAACAAGAGUGACUGUAAUGUCAUUUUCAUUAAUGAGUAAAAUGGAUGUCGCAUAAUUAUUAUGCGUGUAGAUAGGACAUUUGUUUUAGAUUAUUUAAAUUGUUUGUCAGAUACACUGUAGAUAUGCAAUUAGUGUUUUAGUCCUGUUAUAUGUUUCCAUCCUGAAUAUUGAGUUGGUCUGUGGGGUUAUUUUUAAUGAACUAAGCUAUUGUGUGAGCGUGUGUAUUUAUGUAAUUUUGAUGGGAAAGGCUUGUUUAAGCAGAAAGUUUUGAUUAAUCAACUCUGAGCCUGUAGUUUAAUGUGAGCUGAGCCAAUGGAAACAUUGAUCGGGAAACAAACAA